UCCGCAAUGGAAGCAGUUAAAGAUGUGACAGAGACAGUGACUGUGGACCUGGGUGCACUCCUGGACGCCAGGGACGACGCCAUGGUGAUACUCGAGGCAGGUGACACUCGGAUGGUAGCACACAGGGCCGUCCUGAUGGACAGGAGCCCAGUGUUGGCAGCCAUGUUCACCCACGACACCCUCGAGAGGAGCACCAGCGUGGUGAGGAUUGCCGACGUGGGGGGCCCGGUGCUGAGGCAGCUGGUCUCCUACCUGUACACCCUGCGGGCCCCCCAGCUGCCCGGCACGGCCCCCCAGCUGCUGGCCGCAGCGGAUAAGUACGGGGCGUCGGGGCUGAAGGCGGAGUGCGAGCGGCAGGUGGCCGCUCAGCUGACUGUUGACACCGCAGCAGCGACAGCCGUCCUCGGAGUCCGACACCCCUGCAGUUACCUCAGGCGAGCCGCCAUCGAAUUUAUUAAGGCACGUACCCACGAGGUGAUGGCCACUCAGGGGUGGGCAGAUGCGAUGCUUCAUCAACCUAAGGACUUGAUCGAAGUGAGCCGAUUGCUGUAUGAUCCACCACCAAAAAGCAGCGCACCAGUCAUUACAGAGCUGAGUACCACAACCAGAACCACCACCACCUCCGCCGCUGCCGCCACCUCUGCCAGCGCACCUCGCCAGACACCUGCUGCUGCGCGGCCCACGAAUACUCAACCUGAUGAGGCCACUGUCUCUCAAAUGCGCGCACCAGUCGUUACGGAGCUGAGUACCACAACCAGAACCACCACCACCUCCGCCGCUGCCGCCACCUCUGCCAGCGCACCUCGCCAGACACCUGCUGCUGCGCGGUCCACGACUCCUCAACCUGAUGAGGCCACUGUCUCUCAAAUGCGUGUUUCAGAAUCGUCCGCAAUGGAAGCAGUUAAGGAUAUCACGGAGACGGCGGCUGUGGACCUGGGCGACCUCCUGGACGCCGGGGACGCCGCCAUGGUGAUACUCGAGGCAGGUGACACGCGGCUGUUGGCGCACAGGGCCGUCCUGGUGGACAGGAGCCCCGUGUUUGCCACCAUGUUUGCCCACGACACCCUCGAGGCCAGCAGCGGCGCAGUGAGCAUUCCGGAUGUGGGGGGCCAGGUGCUGAGGCAGCUGGUCUCCUACCUGUACACCCUGCGGGCCCCCCAGCUGCCCGGCCCGGCCCCCCAGCUGCUGGCUGCAGCGGAUAAGUACGGGGUGUCGCGGCUGAAAGCGGAGUGCGAGAGGCAGGUGGCCGCUCAGCUGACCAUCGAGACUGCGGCAGCCGCAGUCGUCCUCGGAGUCCGCCACUCCUGCAGUGACCUCAAGCGCGCUGCACUGGCGUUCAUUAAGACCUGUCCGUUCGAGGUGAUGGCCACUCAGGGAUGGGCUGAUGCGAUGCUUCAUCAACCAAAAGACUUGAUCGAAGUGAGCCGGUUGCUGUAUGAUCCACCACCACAAAGCAGCCCACCAGCCGCUGCACAGCUGAGGCCCACCACCACUGCCGCCGUCGCCACCGCCGCCGCCGCCGCCACCUCCACCACCGCCACCGCCACCACCACCCCUGCCGGCACAACCUGCCAGACUCCUGCUGCUGCUGCUGCUGCUGCUACACCGUCCACAACUCCUGCACCUGAUCACACCACUGUCUCUCACUUGCGGAGCCUCUCUGCAGAAGAGAGGGGCAGGAGGCUGGUCCAGGCAGCUGAGGAGGGGGCAGUGGGGGAACUGAGGGCGCUGAUCGCCGCAGGGGUCGACGUGGGGAUGAGGGGCCAGUGGGGGUGGACCGCCCUGCACUGGGCAGCAGACAGGGGAGACGUCGAGGUGGCGAGGCUGCUGGUGGGGGCGGGGGCGGCGGUGGACGCCAUUGAUGUCAGUGGGUAUACGCCGCUGCAUUACGCGGCAGUCCAUGGCCGCGCAGAAGUGGCGGCUGCGCUGCUCAACGCGGGGGCCGACAGGGAGGCCACAACUGGUGGUGGGGAGACAGCGCUGCACCUCGCCAGGCGGUACAAGCACAGGCGGCUGGUGAAGAUGCUGUCAUGA